UUCCCUUAAUGCGCGACAACAUACCAAAAAAUUGCCUGUCCAAUUGGUUACGAGUUUUUUACGCGUUAAGAGAGAUUAUUUCUCACCCCAAUCUUUCUAAACAAACCCUUUGCGAACUGGAAACGCUUUCGCUAUGUGAUUCCUGUCACAGUUCCAAAGAGAAUUUCGGGACAGUUAACAUGCGGACUGCGGAAGCACCGCAUCUUCAGGAAACACUACACAUCGCUGCACAUUGGAAGCAAUGGCCGCAACGGUGACAAUGUUGCGCCAGCCUCUGGUUAUUUUCCCUAAAUUAAGACCAUUACCGGCGGCUUUUGCUAGUCUCCCAACGUCUUUUGCGCGGCACCAGACAGCCCCUCUAGCCCGCGCUUCCGAACGAUAUAUGUCAACGACAAGAAGCAUGAGCUCCGCCUCGGUCAAAAAACUCUCCUUCCACGUCGCAGCCUCCUUCACGGCCAAAGAUCACCCCUACGACCCGUCAACCCACAUCUUCCACUUCAACCCCUAUAACCGCAUCCAGCAGACUCGCAACAAGCGGUCCAGGCCAGAUAGCGGCCACGAUGCCUUCUUCGUCAGCAGGGCGGGCGAUUCGGGCUCAGUAGCCCUCGGCGUUGCUGAUGGCGUAGGUGGCUGGGUCGAUUCUGGAGUUGAUCCCGCGGACUUCUCGCACGGCUUCUGUGACUACAUGGCUUCCACCGCCUACGGGCACGGCUCGACCAAGAGCGAUCCGACGACCAAUGGCACGGGCGACAAGGAACCGUUACGAGCACAAGGUUUAAUGCAGAAGGGAUACCAGGCAAUAUGCGAAGACAGCACCGUCGUCGCAGGAGGAAGCACAGCCUGCGUCGCUGUGGCGUCCCCAGACGGCAAUCUCGACGUUGCCAACCUAGGCGAUUCAGGCUUCAUCCAGCUCCGGUUGAACGCCGUUCACACGUACUCCGAGCCCCAAACACACGCAUUCAAUACCCCCUACCAGCUCUCCAUCGUACCUCCCAGCGUAGCUGCUCGUAUGGCGGCCUUUGGCGGCGCCAACCUCUGCGACUUCCCCCGCGACGCCGACGUCACCCAGCACAACCUUCGCCACGGCGACAUCGUCGUCUUCGCCACCGACGGCGUCUGGGACAACCUAUUCAACCAGGACAUCCUCCGUAUCGUGAGCCGCGUUAUGACAUCGACGGGCGCGUGGCUCAUGACCAAGAACGGCGUUCGUAUCGUCGACAACCUCAGGCCCUUCACGAAACCUUCCGAGGACGCCGCCGAGAGACCACCCUCCAAGUUCCUGACGCUGCAGAGCGUGCUUGCGGCGGAGAUCACGGCAGCCGCCAAAUCGGCCAGCCUCAACCGCAAGGUCGACGGCCCCUUCGCCAAGGGCGUGCAGAAAUACUUCCCACAGGAGAACUGGCACGGCGGCAAGAUCGACGACAUCUGCACCCUUGUCCUCAUCGCGUCCGAGGAUAACAAGGCCGAGCCCAAGAGUCGCCUAUGAGGUGAGUGUCAUUUAGUAGCAUGUCCCGGGCACCUGACGGUUUCUUCGGUUAUCGGGCGGCGCGUUGUUUCAAGAUAGAAAGAAGGGAGGGGAAAAGAGCAAUGUCAUCGCCGUAUAUUCAGUUGUAUCGUAGUUUUUCCAAGAGUUUUUCCAAGUGUUUUUCUCAUUAUUUGUUCUGCCACUUCGUCGGGGCAGUAUUGAUGUACAUAUAAAUAAAGCAGCCCUUUUAUUUCUUUGUUCAGAGACACGAGGACAAACACACGAUGGCUGGUCUCAAGCAAUUCUAGAUAGCCAAAUACCCCACGUUUUCAAGGGUUCCCAC